CUUCCUUAUUCCACUAAUUACCCGCCAAGACGCCUCUGGAAGGCGGGAGCAGCGGAAACGUCGGGGUGUUAUUGGGUACGCGGUCUAGGUUCCCUCCGUUUAGUUAAGGUAGAGGAGGGGGGAAGGGAACCGUUCCAAAACUGAAAGACGUAAUCCCGGCCCUCCGCGCCCAGCUCCAAUCGACCUAUUGCGCCUCCCCAUUACAACACCUGACACCCCGCGGUAAGAGGUAGGAGGCAAUACUUUCCCUCUCUCCUUCCCCCAAAAUCCCAUCUCAUCCCAACCUCGAACUUUGGUACCUUUUUCUCUCUACAAAGAUUUCUCGAGUUAUCUGAAGUAGCUGUCGAAACUAAGAAACUUUGUUUGUCCAUUCGCACAGUUACACACACCUCUUCCGCAACUCAUUCACCUACACCAAACAAUCUACCCCGAACCACAUCGAUUGAUUGAAAGGUCUCGCACCACCGAGAAGUUCUAAUCGUAUCUGAACAGCAUUACCACUUCUGCGCCUGCCUUGACUAUACUACACAUGGCCGACGAUUUCGCUCCCCCGUCGGGUCCCCCGCCUCCCAAGGCCCCCGAGGUUCCUCCCGGCUGGAUCGCUCGAUGGAACGACCAGUACAAAGAAUGGUUCUACGUAAACCUCCACACCAAGCAAUCCCAAUGGGAUAAGCCGACAGAGCCUGCCCUCCCUCCCCCUCCCCCACCAGCAGAAGACGGGCACCCGGGUGGCCCCCCUCCGGGUUACGCCCCGCGCCCCGGCGACCACCCGACGCCGCCGGUCGAUCAAAAGCACAACCCCUACGACCAGAAGGGCAACCCCUACGAGAACCAGUCCUCGACCCCGCAGCCGCCCGGCGCAGGCGGCUCCAACACAAUGUCCGAGGACGAGCGCCUAGCCCGCCAGCUCCAGGCCGAGGAGGAAGCCCGCGCUCGCAGCGGCGGCGGCGGCGGCGGCCACUCCCCCAUGCCGCCGGGCUACAACCUCCAGCAGCAGCAACACCAGCAGUCGCAGUCGCCGUUCCCCGACCAGCUCCCGCCCCGCGCGCAAGAGACAAGGGGAAAGAGCUCCGGCGGCUUCUUGGGCAAGCUGCUGGGCAAGGCUAAGACAGGCGGUAUGGGCAGCUCGAGCCACGCCCAGCCGCAGUACGGAGGGUACCCCCAGCAGCAAGGAUACGGUGGUUACCCCCCGCAGCAGCAGUACGGCGGUUACCCCCCUCAACAGCAAUAUGGCGGCUAUCCGCCUCAGCAGGGUUACGGGGGAUACCCUCAGCAGCAGGGCUAUGGCGGAUAUCCCCAGCAGCAAGGCUACGGCCGGGGCAUGGGCGGCAUGGGUGGAAUGGGCGGCGGUCGGAAACCCGGUGGCGGCGGCAUGGGUAUGGCGGGCGGUCUUGCGCUCGGUGCCGGUGCCGGUCUGCUUGGUGGUGCCCUGAUUGCGGAUCACAUCAAUGAUGAGCAGCAGGAGGCGUACGCUGAGGGAUACAACGACGGACAGGACAAUGAUGAUUUCGGCGGCGGUGACGACUUUGGAGGUGACUUCUAAGUGGCUGAUACUGGAUUACGGCCGGCUUAUUUUAAUGUACCUUACUAAAUGGAUCAUGAGAGAAUGGUUGGCAGGUAAAGGAAUGGACUAGGGCGGGUUUCAGGGGUCAUAAAUCUGCGUCUAAUAUGCGUUCUUCUCAUGAGUAAAAAGAGCCCCCAU